UCGGUGUCGGCUUCCGUAGUCACUGUGGUGGAAGGAUGGCCGUCUGGCAGUGGUUCCGCUGUUUUUCAGGGCCUCGUUUACAACGAAUUCACCGCUCACCGGACCAAACUCGACCUGACGGGAGGUCGAGCAGGAGGGGAUUUAACUACCAACCCAAAGGUCUGGAGAAACACACUGACAGCAUUCUCGGUUGGGCUUCAACAGUUUGGUCUCUGUCCUACUACAGCUCUCCACUUCUUCUGUGUUAUCUCUACAGGAAAGGUUACAUUUGCAGCAGUAAGCUGGUUCCAGUGAGCCAGUAUUUAGGAACCAUUCUCAUUUGCCUGCUAGGAGUGGCCUGUCUUAGAGGAUGGGGGCGAUGGAAGAAUCCAGAGUAUCUCCAGUUCAUCUCUAUUCUUGAAGAAAAUAAGAGGAAUCAUUCACCAGAAAACAAGAGAAAGUUGAGAUGCUUUACUUUUGACUUCCCACACUGGCCUCAGGAUUUCAGCUGGAGGGAAGUCAGCAGUCCGAAACUGACCAAGGCUGGUGUCUCUCUGCUGAAACCAGAGCCUAAACUGAGAGGAACGGCCGACAGCAUCUUGUACUCAGUCCGCACGUUACCAUGCCAUAUCAUUGGUUAUCUGGUUGCGCACACGUUUGGGAGGCGGAUGCUGUACCCCGGCUCUGUGGGCUUACUGCAAAAAGCCAUGAAACCCAUGCUGAUGCAGGGACAGGCGAAGUUGAUCGAAGAGUAUGAUGGCCAAAGGAACAAGCUAGUCGCUUGUGACGGUAACGAGAUCGACACCAUGUUUGUGGAUCGAAGGACAGAUGGGGGUCACAAUGGCAAGACUCUGGUUAUCUGCUGUGAGGGGAAUGCAGGUUUUUAUGAGGUGGGCUGCAUGAACACCCCUCUGGAUGCUGGAUACUCCGUCCUGGGCUGGAACCACCCUGGAUUUGGGGACAGCACGGGAGUGCCGUUUCCCCAGAAUGAGGCCAAUGCCAUGGAUGUGGUUAUCCAGUUUGCAGUACACAAGCUGGGCUUCCAGCUAAAUGAUAUCAUCAUCUAUGCCUGGUCCAUAGGAGGAUUCACAGCCACGUGGGCCGUGAUGUCAUACCCAGAGAUUCAGUCUCUGGUGUUGGACGCCUCCUUUGACGACCUCCUGCCGCUGGCUCUUAAAGUCAUGCCUGAGAGUUGGAGGCCUCUAGUGCAAUAUACAGUGAGACGAUAUGUGAACCUGAACAAUGCAGAGCAGCUUCUCAAAUACCAGGGACCAGUGCUGCUCAUCAGGAGGAGCAGAGAUGAAAUCAUCACCACAGGGGGCCCAGAAGACAUCAUGUCCAACAGAGGAAAUGACCUUUUGCUUAAGCUGCUUCAGUCCAGGUAUCCCAAAAUCAUGACGGAUGAGGGGAUCCGCGUUGUGAAGCAAUGGCUUGGAGCCUCCAAUCAGUUAGAAGAAGCAUCUGUGUACAGCGGAUAUGAAGUGGAUGAUGGAUGGUGCGUGUCUGUGCUGCAGUCCUAUCAGACAGACAGAGAUGUUUUGUUUCCAUGGACUGUCGGUGAGGACAUGACUCAAGAGGGAAGGCGGCAGCUGGCGCUCUUCUUGGCAAGGAAGUACAUGCGAAACUUUGAAUCGACACACUGCACUCCUCUGCCCGCCUCCGAGUUCCACUCACCGUGGAAGCUGUAACUGAACAAAGGAUGCAUAAGGGGAACCAAGAGAUGCUGGAUGACCUGUAGUCAAGUGUGUCUGGACAAGUGUGAAUGUACAGCUGUGGGGUUUUGUUUUUUGUUCCAGAUUUCCCAAGAAGUUAUCAAAACGUCACACGUCGUUUUACGAAGACAGUUUUGUCAUUAUGUUAACGCUUCUUUUCAAAAUAUCCACAAGCCAUCACUCACUCACUCACUCCAUCAUUUGUCUGUAUUUAUAAAGCAAAUAUAAGUUGAUAUAAAUGACUGCAAUUAAAAGAAAUGUAAACAA